CUUGCGAGAGUAUAAAAGAUUGGGUGUAGGGUGCACCGGACUCAGUUUAAUCUCGUGAGCAAGACAUAAUCGUCCUGACGAGAAGAAGAAGCAAUUGAGAGCGAACAAAUGAACGAGAGAAAAGAAUAAAUUAGUGUUUGGAGUCUCAGAUUGCUAAAAGUAACCAGUGCGUCUCUCUUUCUCUGUGUGUAUAAGAGUCUCUCUCGAGCGACUUGGAGCGAGAUACAUUUUCGGUCCACACGUGGAAAAUACGCGAUAUAAACAUAUCCUCAAAAUUCCGACAACAAAUGACAUCCACGUGAAGCGAUUCACAUAACAAGAAGUGAUAUACUCGCUACGGCAUAUUUAGUUUAGUCAUUUUUGGGACACCCCAUUAUUUUAUGUAGAGGCGUGUGAUUUCAAGUGAUACGAAUCAAAUGCCAAACAACAUGGAAGAUUCCACGCAAUUGAUCGAUUUGAGCGAUCACUGGCAGCAUCAUCAUCGACAUCAUUAUUAUCAUCAUCACCAUCUUUAUUACCAUCAUCAUCAUUAUCAUCAUCAUCAUUGUGAUAGAACGCCCCUAGGCGAAAUCGGUGACGAUGAGUGCAGCACCGGCAGUGGCUGCAGUAGUAGCGGCGGCAGUACCGGAAGCGGUGAACGUCUAUGCAGAUCCAGCAGAUCUCCGAGUACCCAUUGUUAUCCAGAGCGGCUACGAGGGCGUUCGACGCGAUCGCAAGAGCGGCUCAGCACGAGCGUGCAGAGAUCGUCGGAGCGCACCUGGAGUUCUCCCGAGGACAGCAGAAGUCUACCUCGUGGUGGGGUCUCUCCCUUACCCUACUCUUCCUCCAGUCCCUCGGAUGCCCACAGCAGCAGUGAUAGCGACUCCCUCAAGAGGACUUCCACUGCUGAGACUCUACGACGGGCCUUUCAGACUCUGAAAAUCACUUCAUCCAAAUGGGACACCAAAAAAGAAAAGAAGCACGCAAAGAAGAGUCCGAAGAGAAUCUUGCGUAGUCCGGUGCCCUACAUAUAUGUCCGAGGACCAUCCGGUCUACCGACUCAACGGAUUCCUCGAAAUUCCGGCUUUCAGCAGCAAACGAUACAUCCCUCCUCCUGCCAGGAUCUGAUUGAUCUUUAUCGAUAAAUCUCUAUCGAUGUGGACUAUUACAAAUUUGGACAAGAUAUAUGUCGUGAAUUUUGGUCACAAAACCGCAGGACUAAAAUACUUUGCCAGAGCGGAAACCAAAAAAAUAAGAAUAAAACGCACGAUUGAACGUCAUUUUUUUUCAUCAUCUCGCGUUCGAGAUUGUGUACGUCAUCACGAAUACGUCAUCGACGAAUCUUUACACACGAAUCACCCUGUUCAUAAUUUCUGAACUCUAUCUACAGAUUUCUUUCUCUUUUUCCUCACUCGUCGUUUAUUUGAUUACGCGAAACUUUCCGAGACAAAUGCUUCUCUUCCAAGUGAUACAAGUCAAGCGUAACUUCGACUUAUCGGUCGCGACGUUUGAAUAAACGAUACAAAUAAUCA